AUGAGCAAGGCGCAGCUGACGCGGACGGGGAUCCUGCGGAUGGCGCUGGGCGGUGGCGCCGCUGACCCGCUGCUGCCGGCGGAGGGCGGCGGGGGCCGACGGGCGCCCUUCCUGCUGCGGGCGCUGCGCAUCGCCGUGGUGGUCUGCCUCUACUGGUUCACCUCCAUCGCCAUGGUCUUCCUCAACAAGUACCUGCUGGACAGCCCCUCGCUGCGCCUCGACGCCCCCCUCUUCGUCACCUUCUUCCAGUGCGCCCUGACGGCCGCCCUCUGUCUCGGCCUCAGCUUGGGGGCGGCCUGCGGGCCCCCCUGCUCCGGCCUGCCCACUCUCCGCCUCGACCCUAAGGUGUCCCGCAGCGUCCUGCCCCUCUCCGCCGUCUUCAUCGGCAUGGUCACCUCCAACAACCUCUGCCUCAAGCACGUCGGCGUGGCCUUCUAUAACGUGGGGCGCUCCCUCACCACCGUCUUCAACGUGCUGCUCUCCUACCUGCUCCUCAAGCAGACCACCUCCCUCUACGCCCUCCUGGCCUGCGGAGUCAUCAUAGGUGGCUUCUGGCUGGGUGUUGACCAGGAAGGAGCAGAGGGCACACUAUCAUGGACAGGUAUAUUCUUUGGGAUCCUAGCAAGCCUGUGUGUCUCUCUCAAUGCCAUCUACACCAAGAAGGUGCUGCCUGUGGUGGAUGGUAGCAUCUGGCGCCUGACCUUCUACAACAAUGUCAAUGCCUGCGUCCUGUUCUUCCCUCUCAUGAUGCUGCUGGGCGAGUUCCGCACGCUCUACCACUUUGACAAACUGGGGAGCCCCAGUUUUUGGGGUGUGAUGACCCUGGGGGGAGUGUUUGGCUUUGCCAUUGGGUAUGUGACUGGACUUCAGAUUAAGUUCACUAGCCCACUCACCCACAAUGUGUCUGGGACAGCCAAGGCCUGUGCCCAAACAGUGCUGGCUGUUAUCUACUUUGAGGAAACAAAGAGCUUCCUGUGGUGGACAAGUAACUUGAUGGUUUUGGGGGGUUCCUUUGCCUACACAUGGGUGAAAGGACUGGAGAUGAGAAAGGCGCAAGAGGAUCCUAAUGUCAAAAGCGGAGAAAGAAAUGAGACUGAUUUCUACUCCAGUCCCUGGAAGAUCUGGACAACAGUUUAAGGAAACUGAACUCUCGCUUGUUUGUUGUCCGA